AUGCUUCCAGGAAGCUCACGUCAAACGGUGUACAGUCUCUACGGCCGACAGAAUGGGCAAGAUGCGUACAACAUAGAAGCAAGACUCAGGACAAACAGCUAUGCAGUCAGUGGUGGGCCGACAGAGGAUUGGCCGGGAUCAGAUUACGAUGCAAUGUUUGCGGUGCAUGCAAAUAUAUCGAAGAUCAACCACAGCUGUCGCCCUAAUGCAGCACCUCAGUGGGAUUGGGACUUGUUCGCACACAACUUGUACGCAGUUCGCGAUGUUGCUGCUGGCGAGGAGAUUACUAUAUCCUACUUGGGAGCCAACUAUGCGCUAUUGCCCUCGCAAGAGCGAAAACAGUACCUCAAUUCAUCACUCGGCUUCGAUUGCGUUUGUGACCACUGCAAAGCUGCACAGAAAUUCGUUGACCUGUCCGAUGAUCGCAUCAAUGAGAUCUUGCUGCUCGAACGGCAUCUGGAAGACAAAAAAAUUGCACCAGCCGAACCAACAGCAAUGGCUGAACUGCUAGUCAGUCUGUAUAAACAAGAAGGUCUAGAGUUGUUUAUUAGCAAGGCAUAUGCUAUUGCGGCACGGGAGUGGAACGGUGCAGGUUAUGAAUACCAGGCACGCUUAUGGGCGUAUCAAAGCCUCAAGGCUAGUACGAUCAGUAGCUUAUCAUCAGGAGCUGAAGAGUAUGUAGAGGAUAUGAACGAUCUAUUGAACGGGGCAAGACACCAUUGGUCUUGGAAGUACCGUGUACGUUAA